ACCGUCUGAGGGGCUCCGGUGACCGAUCGAACUAUCGUUUUUCGCCAAGGUCACGAUGUAUUCUCCAAUUUGUCUCACACAGGAUGAGUUUCAUCCCUUCAUCGAAGCACUUCUCCCUCACGUCCGUGCAAUCGCCUACACCUGGUUCAACCUGCAGGCCCGCAAACGCAAAUAUUUCAAGAAGCACGAAAAGCGCAUGUCCAAGGAUGAAGAACGGGCGGUCAAGGACGAGCUCCUGAGCGAGAAGCCGGAGGUCAAGCAGAAAUGGGCGUCCCGGCUGCUGGCCAAGCUCCGUAAGGACAUUCGGCAGGAGUACCGGGAGGACUUUGUGCUGAGUGUGACGGGUAAGAAACACGCCUGCUGCGUCCUCUCGAACCCGGACCAGAAAGGCAAGAUCCGACGCAUCGACUGCCUGAGGCAGGCCGACAAGGUGUGGCGUCUGGACCUGGUGAUGGUCAUCCUUUUCAAGGGCAUCCCUUUGGAAAGUACGGACGGCGAGAGACUUGUCAAGUCGCCGCACUGCACCAACCCAGCACUUUGUGUCCAGCCACAUCAUAUCACAGUGUCCGUUAAGGAGCUGGACUUGUUUCUAGCGUACUAUGUCCAGGACCAAGACUCUCAACAGUCAGGAAGUCCCAGCAACAAUGAGCCAGGCAAAAACCUACCAGUUUACUUGGAGGACAGCUUUGUCAAAUCAGGAGUCUUCAGUGUGUCCGAACUGGUGAGAGUAUCCAGAACUCCUAUCACACAGGGGGCAGGGGUUAAUUUCAUGGAUAUGCCCAGUCAGCCGUAUUACCACGAUCUCAACUCCAGUGUCAGUCUGCACCGCUCUCUCUCCUCUCCGCCCGGCAGUAAACGGCCUAAGACGAUUGCUCCUGAGGACAGCAUGGACACCAGCCCCACUGGGCCAGACUUCUACUCCUCUCCCAGCUCUCCAGCCAGUGCCAGCCGCACGUGGCACGAGAGAGACCAAGACAUGUCUUCUCCCAAUAUGAAGAAGCCAGAGAAGCCGCUGUUCAGCCCGACGUCCCCGACAGACUCGUCUCCGCGUCUCAGCACCUUCCCCCAGCACCAUCACCCUGGUCUCUCUGGGGUGGGACACAGCGUGAUCUCAACGAAGAGCCCGCCCCCUCACUCUCCGCUGCAGUUCACUGCCCCUACCAUCCUCCCUCCUGCCCCUUCGCCCUACUUCUCCCCCCACACCACAAUACGCUACCCACCCCACCUCAACCCCUCAGACUCUCUGAAGACCUACGCCCCUCCUUACGACCCGUCCAGUACACAGAGCAGCCAGCCUAACAGCAGCGGUCAGGUGGUGGGGAAAGUUCCGGGUCACUUCACCCCGGUGUUGGCUCCAUCUCCCCAUCAUGGCGCUGUGAGACCCGUCUCUCUCUCCAUGCCUGACACCAAGCCUAUCACCACAUCCACAGAAGGUAAGACCAGUUUCUCAGCUUCAGGCACCCCAACAUCAAACCGUUUUGUUGGACUCAGCCCCAGAGAUCCAGCCUUCCUGCACCAGCAACAGCUGAGGAUUUGUGACUGGACCAAUCAAAACGGCAGGUCUUAUGGCCCCGGUGCCAGUGACGAGACUUUGGGGAUUUCUUGGCAAAGUCCUGGUACCUGGGCGAGCUUAGUUCCAUUCCAAGUGUCGAACGGGACUCCGAUUCUGCCAACAAAUGUCCAGAACUACAGCAUAAACAUCAUUGGUGAACCUCUGCUCCAGGCCGAGACGAGCAACUGAGGAAACAAACAAACAAAAAAAAAAGGGAGGCGGUUCCGAACCUAGACUUGGAGUGACAGGUCUGUGGACAAACCAGCAAGCAGCACUUAUACAAUCUCCAUUGACCUUUGUCCCGCCCUCUGAACGACAUUGGCCGAGAACAGAAGAGUGGGUAGGGGUGACGUGUGUCUGGUGUGGCAGGAACCCUCUGUGAGCCAGUCAGCGAAUGUGUGAGGAAAGCCCUGAGCUGAAAUACUGUGAUCUUUUUCCCAUUACAAAAAAAAAAAACUUUAGAUGCCUUAAGAUUUUUUGCAUGACAUGCUAGUCUCUCUCUCUUAGGAUAUCUCUACUAUUUACAUUACAAAUUUCUGGUCUUGGUUUACGAGCAAGUUUAGAGGUGGAAACACACAUACACACACACACACACACACACAUUACAAAAAAACAACUGACUGGCAAGGAGGGUUUCGAACGUUGACAGCAAAUUCAGUGGACUCAUAUUUUCAACCAAGUAAAGCCAACACAUCAAUUCAUUUGUUAAUCAUAGGAACAAUUAGAAUGUUUGUCUUUUUAUUUGUGAUACAGAUUUGUGUUUUCCAACCUGUAAUCCUGUUGAUUCUGCUCUUAUAUUUACGUUCAAGGUAAAGGUUAACAUGUACACUACAGAGUUAUAAACUCUCAAACCUUUUUUUUAAUAUGUGAGAGAAAAAACAAAAGCAAACAACCUAUGCUAUUAGGUUAGACAUACGACCCCUCU